AUGGCGACCCCAGUGAGGGAUGAAACAAGAAAUGUUAUUGACGACAACAUUUCUGCGCGGAUUCAAUCGAAAGUCAAAACAAAUGAUACUGUCAGACAGACGCCAUCAUCAUUAAGAAAAGUUUCUAUUAAAGAUGAACAGGUGAAACAAUAUCAAAGAAACUUAAAUAGGUUUAAAACCAUACUAAAUGGUUUAAAGGCAGAAGAGGAAAAACUUUCUGAGACUGAUGAUAUUCAGAUGCUAGCUGAAAAAUUAUUAAAACUCGGAGAAACCAUUGACAAGGUUGAGAAUAGGAUUGUGGAUCUAGUUGAAAAGAUACAAUUAUUGGAAACAAACGAGAACAAUAAUAUAUUACAUGAACAUAUAGAUGCUACAGGGACUUACUAUUUAUUCGAUACGUUAACUUCAACCAACAAAAGAUUCUACCCUAAGGAUUGUGUUUUUGAUUAUAGGACUAAUAAUGUCGAGAACAUUCCUAUUCUCUUAAACAAUUUUAAAAAAUUCAUCAAGAAAUAUCAAUUUGAUGAUGUCUUUGAAAAUGAUAUCAUAGAAAUCGAUCCUCGUGAAAAUGAAAUCUUGUGCAAGAUAAUCAAAGAAGGACUCGGUGAAAGUUUAGAUAUCAUGAACACAAAUACAACUGACAUUUUUAGGAUAAUCGAUGGUUUAAAAAACAAAUAUAGAAGUUUACAUGGUAGAGAUGUCAGAAUUAGAGCCUGGGAAAAGGUUUUGGUUGAUACAACAUGUAGAAAUUCCGCAUUGUUAAUGAAUAAACUUCAAAAGUUGGUACUAAUGGAAAAAUGGAUUUUUUCUAAAUGCUGCCAAGAUUGUCCUAAUCUAAAGGAUUACCUACAAGAAGCUAUCAUGGGAACCUUACAUGAAUCCUUAAGAAAUUCUGUGAAACAACGUUUGUACAACAUUCCACAUAACGUAGGAAUUAAUCACGAAGAAUUUCUAAUCAAUACUGUUAUUGAAACAGUAAUUGAUUUGAGCCCAAUUGCAGACGAUCAAAUAGAAAAUAGCUGCAUGUAUUGCAAAUCUGUUUUCCAUUGCUCAAUUAACUGCAAAAAGAAACCAAAUAGGGAACUUAGGCCUGACUCGACCAAUUUCUCAAAAACCUAUUAUCUACAAGGUGCACAGAGACAACAACAACUUAAGUCCAGUGCAAAACGAACAAAAGUCUUGGAACAAGACACAAAAAAAGUCAAACAAAGUGUACAACAGCAAAAAACUGGUAAUUAUUGAUACCGGUUCCGGCGUAAACAUUACCAAUGACAAAACCUUACUGCAUAAUUACGAAGACAGUAAUCGCAGUACACGAUUUUUUGGUAUUGGGAAAAACAGUUCAGUGUCUGUUAAAGGGUAUGGCUAUAUAAAAAUCAAGAAUGGUCACAACAAUACUGACAAUAAGUGUUUAUUGACUUACUAUGUACCGGAAGAAGAAUCCACUAUAAUCAGCUGUUAUGACUUAGCCAAGAAAACCAAAAUGGUUUUAAGUCGAAAAUAUACCAGAUUGGGAAACAAAAUCAUAAAAAUUAAAACCAAGAUAGUUAAUGGUGUCAUUCACGUAAAAAUGAACGAGUUAAUUGAACGUCCUUCCGAUGAUUCAAAAAUAAAUGCAAUAAAACCUACUUCUUCUCCUGGAUUUAAACUAAAUAAAAGGUCUAUUACCUUGGAAGAUGCUCAUAAAAGAAUGGGCCAUACAGGAAUUCAACAAAUUGAAAAUUCCAUAAAACAUAAUCAUUAUGAAGAAUCCCUUGACUUAAUCAAAGAACCAAAUGAAUUUUGGUGUCAAACCUGUAAAAUCUCUAAAGCCACGAAAAGAAAUCAUUAUACCGGGUCUAUGAAUAAUCAUAGUACUGAUCAUGAACCAGGAUCAUCAUGGUGCAUGGAUAUAUUUGGCCCUGUAUCAAGUUCAAACGCGGACACUAAAAGGUACAUGCUUAUUAUGGUGGAUAACAACACGAGAUAUUGCAUGACCUCCACACACUUCAAUAAGAAUGCUGAAACUAUUUUAGCUCAAAUCAGAAAGAAUAUUCAGUACGUGGAAACACAAUUUGACAGGAAAGUCAGAGAAAUUAAUUCAGACAGAGGUACUGAAUUCACAAAUGAUCAGAUAGAAGAAUAUUUUAUUUCAAAAGGAAUACAUCACAUACUUACUUCUACACAAGAUCAUGCUGCUAAUGGAAGAGCAGAAAGAUACAUCAGAACAAUAGUAACUGAUGCAACAACACUCCUAAGACAAAGUAACUUAAGAGUAAAAUUUUGGGAAUACGCAGUAACUUCUGCUACCAAUAUAAGAAAUUGCCUGGAACACAAAAGUACAGGUAAACUACCAUUGAAGGCAAUCUCACGUCAACCUGUUACAGUGAGAUUAAUGUCAUUCUUACCAUUUGGCGAAAAAGGAAUAAUUUGGAAUCAUAAUCACAAAAAAUUGAAACCAUCUGGACUUCCUUCUAUAAUUCUAUGCAAAGAUCCAAAUAGUUAUGGAUACAAAUUCUUUAUACCAUCCAAAAAUAAAAUUGUCACAUCUGAUAAUUAUACAAUUCCCAACUAUACGAUGGACGGUAGAGUAAGAAAUACUCAGAAUAUUUACAAGAGUCAUCAAUUCAGUUCACAUAAUGAUAAUGAAGAAGAUCAAAUCGAAACGGUCACAAACUUAUGUGAAGCUUUGGAAAACUACGAAGAUGAUAAUAAACCAAUUACUCGCCUGGAAGAUUUGUUCACAGAGGAAGAGUUAUCUCAAAUAGACUCAAACGCAAAAUACCCAUCUCCUAGUAAUAACCUAGAAGGGGACUUGGAUUACGUAUUUUCUGAUGUUGAGGAAUCUGGAGAUUAUGACGUUGAAUCUGAACUUUCAACGACAAAUACUUCAAUCUCAACUGAUAAAAACAAAAUUUUGUCAAACAAGGAUUUUAAUUCAGAACUUGCAUCGACUGAAAUAUCCAUCAGUGAAAUCGAUAAGAAAGGAUUAAUAAAUACAAGUCAUAUUGAUGAAGAUAAGUAUGAUGAAAAAGUCCACAGAAUUCCAUCGAUUAUACAAGAGAAACUGGUAGGAAGUAAAAAUACUAUUAAAAUCAAUGACGAAAACAGAAUCUCCGACAGAAUUCGUAGUAAAAAUAUUGGGAGUAUCUUAAACACUGGACUCAGUAGAUGUGUAGAUAUCACCGAUGAAUCUAUUACUAACAAAGAUGAGUCAAUGCACAACGCAAAACCCGAACUAAUUCAGGAGCAGUUCAAUAAAACAAAUCAUGAAACUUCGUUUCCUAAAGAAGGGAGCAUUGGAACAAAUGUAAAAUUCCGAAAUACAGACAAUGAGAUUUCUUUAAAAACAGGCGAUACGAGUUUACCAAUAAAAACUUUAGAAAGCAUUAACAAUCACCAUAGUAAUGAUUAUUCCACAAACAAAGUUGAAAAGUUUGAGAAGGAAAAUCAUCAUCCGCCCCCGAUUGAGGACAUUGUGGAUAUGAGUGAUCAAACUGAUAUGGAAUCAAACUGUCAGGAUGGUAAUAACUUAAAAGAAUUAAAAGUCACCGAUAAAAAUGUACCAACUGACAAUGGAACAAAUGUGUCACCAAGGUUGGAACAAAAUAUUGAAGCAUCUGGAUCACCAGUACAAACAGUUAAUAAAAGUGCCUUCUUAAACAAAGAAUUCAGUUCUUUGAACAUGAAAAGAAAACGGAAAAGACACGAUAAAAACAAUAGUCUAACAAGCUAUGAAUUAGAAAGAGAUAAGAAGCGUUCAAAAAGGAAUCGAGUGAAAUUAAUUCCAGAUAAUAUGGAAACAGUUUCAGCACAAAAAAUUAGAGCCAUAUAUUAUAAUGAAGCUAUUUCAAAAAAUCCUGACCUCAAAGAAAAACAUGAAUACAAACAGGCAUAUCAUAAAGAAUUACAGAAUUUAAAAGAUAUGAAGGUAUUUGAUGUCGAUGUGAAGUACAGUAGAUCAGAAAUCCCUGAUAAUUUAAUAGUACCCACCAACACGAUAUUCACAAAGAAAAGAAAUGGGAUUUAUAAGGCUAGGAUAGUCUGCAGAGGUGAUACUCAGUCACCAGACACUUACAGUGUAAUAACUACAGAAUCUUUAAAUCACAAUCAUAUUAAGAUAUUCUUAAUGAUUGCAAACAACAGAAAUAUGUUUAUGAAGACCCUGGAUAUCAAUCAUGCAUUCCUAUAUGCUAAAUUGGAAGAAGAAAUAUACAUCCCACAUCCGCAUGAUAGGAGAUGUGUAGUCAAGCUAAAUAAGGCGUUAUAUGGUCUAAAACAGAGUCCUAAAGAAUGGAAUGAUCAUCUAAGACAAUACUUGAAUGGAAUUGGACUGAAAGAUAACUCUUAUACUCCGGGAUUAUACCAAACCGAGGAUAAAAAUCUAAUGAUUGCAGUCUAUGUUGAUGACUGCGUAAUUGCGGCAAGCAAUGAACAGAGAUUGGAUGAAUUCAUAAACAAAUUGAAAAGUAAUUUUGAACUGAAAAUUACAGGAACAUUAAUAGAUGAUGUACUCGAUACAGAUAUAUUAGGAAUGGAUCUAGUAUACAACAAAAGACUUGGUACUAUCGAUUUAACAUUAAAAUCAUUCAUAAAUAGAAUGGAUAAAAAAUACAACGAGGAAUUGAAAAAGAUUAGAAAAAGUUCAAUUCCGCAUAUGUCAACUUAUAAAAUAGAUCCUAAGAAAGACGUACUGCAAAUGUCAGAAGAAGAGUUUAGACAAGGUGUUCUAAAGCUACAACAAUUACUAGGUGAACUAAACUAUGUCAGACACAAAUGCAGAUACGACAUUAAUUUUGCUGUUAAGAAAGUGGCUAGACUAGUAAAUUACCCACAUGAAAGAGUCUUUUAUAUGAUUUACAAAAUAAUCCAGUACUUGGUUCGGUAUAAAGAUAUUGGAAUACACUAUGACCGAGACUGUAAUAAAGACAAGAAGGUUAUUGCUAUAACUGAUGCAUCAGUUGGAUCAGAAUAUGAUGCUCAAUCAAGGAUUGGAGUUAUAUUAUGGUACGGUAUGAAUAUUUUUAAUGUUUAUUCUAACAAGAGCACAAACAGAUGUGUAUCAUCAACAGAAGCAGAGCUUCAUGCCAUUUAUGAAGGCUAUGCAGACUCAGAAACGUUGAAGGUAACAUUAAAGGAGCUAGGAGAAGGAGACAAUAAUGACAUUGUCAUGAUCACUGACUCAAAGCCAGCCAUUCAAGGAUUAAAUCGCAGCUAUCAACAACCAAAAGAGAAAUUCACUUGGAUAAAAACUGAAAUAAUAAAAGAAAAAAUUAAAGAGAAGAGUAUAAAACUGUUAAAAAUUACCGGCAAAGGUAAUAUUGCUGAUUUACUAACAAAACCAGUAUCAGCAUCUGAUUUUAAAAGAUUUAUACAAGUAUUAAAAAAUAAAAUAACAUCACAGGAUAUUUUGGCCUCAACAGACUAUUGA